ACAAUGCAUCAUGCACCAACAUAACUUCUAAGUUUAAUACACUUUUAGUGUCGAUAUACUAGCAAAAUGGCGAAGAUGGUCAUGACGGUUGUGUGUCUUGUACUCGCUUGCAUGGUGGUGGUGGCACCAUGUGCUGAGGCUAUUAGCUGCGGUCAGGUGGUCAGCUCCUUGGCGCCAUGCUUAGGGUACCUAAUGAAAGGGGGUCCUGUGCCACCGGCUUGUUGUGGUGGAGUUAAAGGACUCAAUAAUGCUGCAAAGUCGACUCCUGACCGUCAGACUGCCUGCGGAUGCUUAAAGAGUGUGUAUGCGUCCAACUCUGGCAUUAAUCUCGGCUUUGCAAGCAGCCUCCCGGGGAAAUGUGGCGUCAACAUCCCUUACAAGAUCAGCCCUAGCACCGACUGCUCCACCGUUCAUUAAGGCCGGAACUUAUGCAUGAAGGGAAUAUUAGAAGCAUAUGGUGUAUUUGGCUAUAAGCCUAUAAAUAAUGCUCUUGUUAUCUCUCACAGUGUCUUUGGCUGUAAAGGGCAACACUUUAUUAAUAAAACAAGUAGUUUUAUUUCCAAAA